AUUCCAAGAUGGCUUCCCUGUUUGGACCGAACCCUUUCUCAACACCAGUAGGACAAAGAAUAGAAAAAGCUACCGAUGGGAACUUGCCAUCCGAAGACUGGGCUGCGAAUAUUGAAAUUUGUGACAUAAUCAAUGAGACCGAGGACGGCCCUAAAGAUGCUGCUAAAGCCAUCCGGAAGAGACUGGCUGGAAAUAAAAACUUUAAAAGUGUUCUCCUGACUUUGACGGUACUUGAGACUUGUGUUAAAAAUUGUGGUCAUAGAUUCCAUCUGCUUAUUGCAAAAAAGGAUUUCCUUGAUGAACUUGUAAAAAUUUUAAGUCCUAAGACUAAUCCACCUCAGAUUGUCCAGGAUAAGAUACUCUCUCUUAUCCAAGACUGGGCGGAUGCCUUCCGAGAAUCUCCUGAACUGACUAAUGUGAUGGAGACUUAUGAAUCUCUCAGAGCUCAAGGUUUGGAGUUUCCAGCCAAAAAUCUAGACACCUUGUCUCCUAUCUACACACCACAAAGGACUCAACCAGAACGACCAGCCCCAGCGCCAUCAAGGCUGCCUCCCAGUCAGCCUCCUGUGCCACAGCCAGUCCAAUCUAUGCGUCCAAUGCAAGCACCCAGCGGUCCUGUGGUUCCCACACCUGAGCAGCUUGGAAAAAUACGCUCAGAAAUUGACAUUGUGAAUGGAAAUAUAAAUGUUAUGUCAGAAAUGUUAACAGAAAUGACACCUGGACAGGAAGAAGCAGGAGAUUUGCAGCUCUUACAAGAAUUGAACAGAACUUGUCGUGCCAUGCAGCAGCGAGUUCUGGAGCUGAUUGAGAGAGUAGCAAAUGAAGAAGUAGUUGGUAUGCUUUUGAGUGUUAAUGAUGAUCUCAACAAUGUGUUUAUUCGAUACGACCGGUAUGAGAGGUUUCGACAAGCAGUACAUCAGCAGAGUCAGCCGUCAGAAGCUCCCCCUACACCCCCAAGACCUGCUCCUGUGGAACCUUUACCAGUUCAGACUGGUAGAACAACAACAGCCUGGCCAGAAAAUUCACACAGAUUGCCAGGUACAAUUGAACCAUCUCAACCGCAACCUCCAGUAGCGGUGCCAGCUUCAGCAGCGCUGGCACCAGCUUCAGCAGCGCUGGCACCAGCUUCAGCAGCGCCGGCACCAGCUGGGGGUGACUCGCUGAUUAGUUUUGAUGAUGACGUAUCCACUCCUUCCCAGGCUGCCUCGGUCAAUGGCAUGACCUCUCAGGUGCAAGCCAUGAAUAUAGGAACCACUUCUGCUGACCAGGAGGAUGAAGAAUUUGACAUGUUUGCUCAAUCAAGGAAAACUACUUUUGACGAGAGCAGGAAAGGCGGAUCCUCGUACACGGACAACCUGCAGCCCUUCGAUCGCUCGAUUGGUAAUUCCAUGUCUCUUCAAAAGACAGACUCUGCAGACACACAAGCAGCCAAGACCGAGGAACGAAGUGCAAUGGAUGACAUUGAGUCGUGGCUCGAUAUAACGGAGAAAGAUGUGGCUGAAGCCGCUGCUGGCCAACCAGCUGGUGACACCUUGAGUAGUUCAGAGUUCGACCAGUUUCUUGCGGACCGAGCCGCUGCAGGCGGUAUGCGGAGUGGUAGCGUAAAGGGAGGCAGUAACCGUCCCAGACAGAGACAAAUGCAAAUGGAAAACCAGGCGGAUGAUGAAAUGUUCGGCUUAUGAUUCAACUGUGAAAAUACUUUCUUUUUUCAGACUAUAACCUUGGUUUUGAAACGUUCUUCUGCUGUAAAAGAGCUCUACAAACGGAUUAUGGACGUCUGUUUUGUGACGAGGAUUUUAGUUAUUGACAUUUUUGUCAAAGAAUUACUGUAAUGGCACGCAACGUUUCAGUCGAUGAAAGAUUGCGUUAGAACACCACAAACGACUUCGAAAUACGACUUAAAAGAGACAAAGUCGUAAUGAAAUGGACGUCAGUAGGAAGCACGAGGAAAGAAGGACAUAAGAAAUGAGAAUUUUGGUAAAUUGGUGAAUAUGACUUAAGAUAUUCUCUAGUUUCAGGUGGGCAGAUUUGGCCACGUGACGCAUUUAGACCAAUUUCCCGCUAGAAAAUAUAUUUGAUAUGUUUUUUUUUUAAGCAUAUUGAUACUGUAAGAAGAAAGAAGAUGAUAGGCAGUUUUGGGAAUUCAAGAGAUGCACUGAUCGUCAAAUUCAUGAAAUAUCAGAUUUAAAGUGAAAACGUGGCCUUGCCUUUUGUUGAAAAAAAAUUAAGAUAAUUGAUGCAACCAUAAUUAGAAUAGUUUUCAAGUCAUAUUCAUUAUAACAUAUUGACAGCAGAAAUCGUGAGGUGUGAUCCUUUUCCUUCACAAUUAUUGAUCGGUCUCGUCUCGCAAUCCCGUCACCCAACGCGACUCGCGUGGAUAUAGCGUGUCAUAUUGCGUGACUAAACGACGCUUGUGAAAGAAACCUCUGCGAUCGUUUGUUAUAAUGUAGUAUUGAUCGUUCAGUGUUCUGUUUAAGUCUCUUUGAAAAAUUUGAGCAAUGUAUGAUAUGAUUAUAGACAAACACCAGGAUUCUUUACGAUCGAACUUUAAUUUUUAUCUUAGAACGUGAUAUCAAAUAAGAAAGAAUUGGUGAAACGCUUGAGGAAUUGUAGUAAAAAUGUGCACGUUUCAGACAUGAUCCUGUGAAACAAAAAUGGGUGCGUAUGAUUAAUUUGUGUUGGUUGGAAUGUAGAGAUUAUCAUAGUUCACGAGAAAACUACUGAGAAAACGGAACUGAAGAACAUGUCACUCUUGGGACGCAGCUCAUCGCUGGAAAGCCUAUGAUAAGUCAUGCACUGCACACUUUCUGGUGCCCAAGCUUCGGAGCUAGAUAAGCUUGCAGAGUCGUCGGUUUUUUUCUUUUUCUUUCUCUUUUUUUCCUUUUUUUUUGCGCUUGUAAGGCGAGCAGAAUAAAGCGCGAGGCGCGCGCAAAGCGGGCGUUAAGGGCGAGUCACAUUCGAAAGGAGGAGCGUGACCAUUUAUAAAAAUAAAUAUGCAAAUUUCGUCAGUUGUGCAGAUAAGGACAACAUAUGUCAAAUGACGUGGAGAAUUAUAUUUUAAUAUCUUAAAUUAGUAGAUCCUCAUAAUUGUAACUCUUACGUGGAAAGCUGCUGGAGCUUUGAAGGUGUGUUCACGAAAGGAUGUGUUCAGAAGCUAGAUUUUGUAUUACUUUGAGUCUUAUUACCUUCAUAACAGUUCAGUCCCCAAUCUUCACCUUCCGCGCACGAUGUUGGGGUUCCAGGUCUCGAGGUUCAUUUAUUCCUGACGUUUCUUUGUUUUCUGUUUUUUUUUUUUUUUUUCGAAGAGGCGCUGUCUUUUUGAAAUUAUAUUCACUUCAGUUUGUUUUUUGAUUAUUCUUUUCUUCUUUUCUUCUAUUCGUCAUACAAGAUAAUUACUUUUACUUCAAAGUUAGUUCGCGAACACAACUGUUUAUCUUCUUCAUUGCGAAACUUCUUAAAAAUUCGGAGCAACAAGACUUCAAAAAGGUCUUUGGUUACCUUUUUUUUUAUUAUAUUUUGUUUGUUUUUUAGUGAAAAUAAAAUAACUUUUGACUCCAA